AUGAGUCUUAACCUUUCAAUGAGAUGCAGCACUGUUCUGCCUAAUAAGGCAACGUUGACUGAGAAGAACUUGCCGGACCAGAGUGGCAAGGUGUUCCUUGUAACAGGCGCCUCCGGGGGGCUCGGUAGACUCCUCACCAACAUCCUGUACCAGCAUAAUGGCAAGGUUUACCUUGCCGCCCGGUCCGAGACGAAAACUAAGGAGGCAAUUGAGGAGAUAAAGGCAGCCCAUCCAUCCUCCAAGGGCGAACUGCUAUUUCUCAACCUUCAACUCGAUGACUUGACCACUAUCAAGCGGGCCACUAAUGAGUUCCUGGCCAAGGAGGAUCGUUUGGAUGUCCUGUGGAACAAUGCUGGUGUUAUGAUCCCACCCGCAGGCUCUCAAACAAAGCAGGGCUAUGAGCUCCAGUACGGGGUCAACAAUAUCGGCCACUUCUUGCUUACUCACUUUCUUCGCCCGGCCCUCGAGACGGCGGCAAAGUCAGCACCCAAAAAUUCAGUCCGCGUCAUUUGGGUUUCCUCGAGUGCUGCCGAUUCUGCACCAAAUCCGGCCAUCGAUCUGACCAAUAUGGAUUACCACAGAGAGGAGGGGGCUUGGGUGAAGUACUGUCGCAGCAAAGCGGCUUCCGUUGUUCAUUCGGCGGAGUUUGCCCGAAGAACUAAGGGUACCGGCAUUAUUAGCUUGGCUCUUAACCCCGGGAAUUUCGUGACGAAUCUCCAGCAAAAUAUGUCCAAAAUGGAGCUCAUGAUGUUUAAACUCAUCGCAUCGGAGCCGAUCAAUGGCGCCUAUACCGAAUUGUUCGCAGGUCUCAGUGACACUAUUACGGAGGAGGAGAACGGAGGAUGGGGUGCGACACCCAUGCAUAUAUCCCUGUCUUCCAGGAAUAUCCUGACCCGCUAA